CCUUCACGCACCUCAUCCACAACCACCAGCCCGCCAUGCCUCCCGGUACCGUCGUCGACGCCUUCAAGAACCUUAUCCGCCAUGGAAGGGCCCACAACCACAGACAAGACGAGUUUUCCGUACCCCCCUCGACGGUCUCUUCAACGCGAGAUUCAACAUCCUCACGCACAUCGGCAGAGCCAACGCCGCGUACGAGUCAGUCUACACCGCAGUCGCAGACCCGCCAGCAGGACCGUGCUCAGGCUGAGAAAGUACAACAGCAGCAAGCCGCCAAUGUUCCCGUCAUUGCUGCGCAAAAGUCGUCCAGCACGGCUCAACAAUACUCGAAAGAAAUCGAACAAAUAGUGCAGGAGGAACGCGCCGGAAAGGAGAAGAUGCCGGUCUACAAGGGACUCGAGCGCUUCAAGCUCGUCGACAAGAUGGGAGACGGUGCAUUUUCCAAUGUCUACAAGGCCGUAGAUGCUCAGACCGGAAAGAAAGUCGCCGUUAAGGUCGUUCGCAAGUACGAACUGACAUCAUCUCAGGCUGGCGACAAACAUCUAAAUCCUCAGUUUAAGAAACGCCCCCGCGUCACAGAGCGCGCAAAUAUCCUCAAAGAGGUUCAAAUCAUGCGCACAACAAGUCACCCGGGCAUUGUCAAACUUAUCUCGUUCUCAGAAUCGCCAGAACACUACUUCCUCGUCCUUGAGCUCAUGGAAGGCGGCGAGCUAUUCCACCAGAUCGUUAAACUAACCUACUUCAGUGAGAACCUCGCACGGCACGUCAUCCUGCAGGUGGCGCAUGGUAUCCGGUACCUCCAUGAGGAGCGUGGCGUCGUUCACCGCGACAUCAAGCCCGAGAACCUGCUUUUCGACCGGAUACCAAUCAUACCCUCUAAACACCCAGUACAGAGGCAAUAUGACGAGGAGAAGGAAGAUGAGGGCGAGUUUAUACCCGGCGUCGGAGGAGGAGGAAUUGGCCGAGUCAAGAUCGCAGAUUUCGGCCUCUCCAAGGUCGUUUGGAAUGAGGAGACAAUGACGCCAUGUGGGACGGUCGGCUACACCGCUCCAGAAAUCGUCAAGGACGAGCGGUAUUCGAAGAGCGUCGACAUGUGGGCCAUGGGUUGCGUUCUGUAUACCCUUCUCUGCGGUUUCCCUCCCUUUUACGACGAAAGCAUCAACGUCCUCACCGAGAAAGUUGCCCGUGGUUAUUACACCUUCCUCAGUCCGUGGUGGGAUGAUAUCAGCUCCACAGCCAAGGACCUGAUUACUCACCUACUCUGUGUGGAUCCGGCCCAGCGAUAUACCAUCGACGAGUUCCUCGCACACCCCUGGUGCAACGCCGCCCCAGCCCCACCGCCUCCUCCUACACCCCGCGCCGCUCCCUUGGACUCUCCUCUGUUGCAGGCCGCCCGAGGAGGUGGUCGCGACGUACGGUCACCCGGUAUCGCUACGCUCAAGGAGGCGUUCGAUAUUACCUACGCUGUGCACAGGAUGGAGGAAGAGGGCGCCCGGAGACGAGCAUACAAGGGUCGUGGUGGGGCUGGUCAAGCUGGUUUCCUCCAGGGACUCAACGAAGAGGAUGACGAGGAUGACGAACUAUCUGACCACGAGAAUCAUCAGCGUCAGCAACAACAGGCGGCGAGAAGUCAAGGACAGAAUGAAGUGUACGAUGGACGGGCCGGACAGCGCGAUGCGCCGAAACGCACGCAUGGAGGUGCUUUCGACUUGACGUUGGACGGUGCGACGUUGCUCGGAAGGCGACACAAUAGGGGCGGGCCUAGGGGGCAGAUGGAACCGAGUCCGUUGGCGAGGCAGGUCGUAAACAAUGAUACGAUCGACGCGCCGCAAAGUCCGAUGAGGAUGUAAACCGUUGAGAUUUCUUAGCUUAUAUGUUUCCUUACCCAUCCUUGUUCACCUUUUUUCACUUUGGAUCUCGUCGCAGCCGUCGUUGUUUUCCGACGAAGGAAUUGAGGAACUCAGCCCUCUCUUUCGUUCAGAGUCGCUGCGCGGCUAAAUACCGGUUGAGCUACAGGGAGCUAGCUCUCCUGGCCCAUCAUCUUCGUGCCAUCUUCUCUCGGGCAUCGCAUUUCAUAUCUCACUCUUCCAUUGUCUCCCCCUCGUCUCCCCGCUCCCAUAUGUUUCCAUACUGUCCAUACGGGCCAUCCAAUGUAGUAGGCCACCCAACGUCAUGGACACCGACUUUACUGUUCCCUCUUCCUUGCUUCCUCCUGCGUUCUUACCUUUUUCCACUCCCCGCCUUCGGAUCUUCGCCUUUCUCCCGUCCGUUCAAAUAAUUGUUAUUCCCGCACGCACACGACAUUUUUUCUUUUGGUUCUCGCUCAUACACAUCUUCGCUUCCGAUCUCGUCCGUUUCGUCUCAGCUUCCAGUUUGAGUCGGUUCCUCCAUGACCGACAAGUCCGGUCUUUCGUCCUUGUACUCGUGGUCUUACUUGUAUAUGAGUUGUGUAUCAUUCGUGUUUUGAUAGCGCUAUACGCAGUACCACAUAUUGUAGUCUGGAUAUCAGCCUUUCGAUUGACAAGAAACGGCUGCGAAUAACAAGAACAUGAUACUAGCAAAAGCGGAUUCGAACACUUCCUCGAAGAAAAUGGUAUUUUUACGGCUAUGCAACGGCGAGUAUAGAUGCUCCUCCGUCUGUCGUCACUCGCCUUCGGGUCGUCAUCACGAUGUAUCCGCGGCCGAUUUGAGCGAUAUCUUUGUUGGAAUCCUUGUCCGAGGUCGAAGGGACUGUCACGAGGCCUGAUGGCGCGAGGAGAAUCGCUUCACCUGUCUUCAAAUUAACGACUCGAUCGAACCCGUCUUGCUGUGAGAAGUCAGCAGAGACGUGUUUCGUGAGGUGUCCCCACCAAGUCGAAGAGGAGAACCGGUGUAGGAUCACUACGCUACAUAGGUCGAUGAACACGGAAGGGAUGACGGUGGGUUCCUGUGUGCUGACGAUGACGCGCAUGGCCAUAUGUCGUUGUUGGCGGAUAAGUGAGAGCAGGGCAUUUGUCAGGCCCGAAGAUGUUUUUGUCUGCGAGAGGUAUUUGUGCGCUUCAUCCACGACAAGGACCUUUCCAGUGCCCACAUCCGCACGCUCAAACAACCGGAUGAUGAUCUCGAAAAGCCCACAAGCCGCAGCAGGAUCAAUGAACGGAUCGGAGAGGUCGAUGAUGGUGAUCUGCCCACCCGCGAAGCGAGCCUCUGCCGUUGGGCUUUUCUUCUUCUUUCGAGUGAAGGUCUGGAGCAGGUCUAACCUCUGUUUGAGGCUCCCUAAUUGCGCGGGGUUCAGAUCCUUCUUUUUGAUCUCGAGCUCGUCCAUGAAGGCUUUGUAGGUGUACUUUUCGCCCAUGUUGCGUAGAAUAGCAAGUACGGUCUGCAUAUACAAUGGCGCUGAGUCGGAGGAGCCGAUGGCCAUCAUGGACAGAAACGCCUGUGCAUCGAGCUCUGAUUCGGAGAAGUAAAGAGGCUCCACCACGAUUUGGCCUCCGAGACUGGCGUAGAGUCUUGUCAUUUUAUCCAAGGAAGAGGGAGAGACAUAUACGUGGAUUUUGGGCGUUUGGACCUCCGGGAAUGAGCUGAUGGAUAGAAACGCUGCUUCGCAGGGUUUGGCACAGGAACCUGUCUCGCCAAAGUGCAGUACGAGGCCAGAUAAAGGGUUCG